AAUAAGCUGUUUUUUAUCAUUCCAAAAUUAGUAUUGCACGAAAAUUUAACCAAGGCUGUUCACGCAUGCCGAGGAGAGAAUAAUUAUUGAAAUAUACUAUGUGAGAAUAUAGAAUCAGCAUCUUGAAGCAUCUCGUACUCAGUGGGAAUAACUCUGUUCCCACUAGAACAGCACCAAUCAUUUCUCUAGCUCAACUAUCUCAUCCCAUACAGUACAUAUUUUGAUAAAAUGCAUUCAACCUUGAAUUUGGGACAUAAGUUUAUAAUAAAUAAUGCUUUCAAUUCAGUUCUAUGUCAUUAGUUAUUGCACUAAACUAAAAAACGAAUAGUGAUAACACUAAUGUAGAUAAUCCUAAUUCUGCCUUACUCAGAUUGCCACCUUCAAGGAGUAAAAAGGCUAGCUUUUUCUAGUGGCAUAACACGUCAAGGAACAACCCACUAAACAUUAGCCAUAUGUAAUCCAAACCCCAACAUAAUGCAAAUGUAGUCACUGCCAAUCAUCCUCUUAUUUACUACUAUUUGUUUUCUCAGGUGUAUAAAAAGGGCCGUUUUCAAGAAUCAGACAACACUGAUCCUAGAAAUACAAACACCUUGUCCUUGUUGUCUGAAAUGGAUGAGGAAAAACAUCGACUUAUGAGAGAGCCAAGUGGAGUAGGGAACAAGCUGCAGCUUACAGUGGAUGAGGUGGUGGAGGAAUAUGUUGGAUCGUUUGGAUUCUCACAGCUUGUGCAGGUAACCUUGGUCUCCCUGGCUCGGAUAUUUGAUGCCCACUGCACCCUUGUCACCAUCUUCACAGAUGCUCAGCCACAGUCGUGGCGGUGCAUUGGCCACGAAUGCGGUAGCACUGGUGGCAGCACCGCUGCUUCCGUUUGUGGGUUGGAGCCAGGAACUUGGGAGUGGAGUGGUGGCAAUACAAGCUCCACCAUUGCUGAAUGGGGGCUGGUGUGUGACCGUAGAUUUCUUGCUGCUCUGCCUACUUCAGUUUACUUCCUCGGUUCCCUUAUAGGCUCUGCAGUCUUCGGCCGCCUGGCAGAUGGACGCUUAGGGCGGAAAAGGGCAGUUCUUGCUUCAUGUCUCCUAACCGCUGCUACCAUUUUCCUAACUUCCUUCUCCCCCAACAUAUGGAUUUACUCCCUUCUCCGCUUCGCAAAUGGAUUUUCCCGAGCAGGCAUGGGGAUAUGCUGCCUGGUGCUUUCAACAGAAACCAUAGGCCGGAGAUGGCGCGGCCAAGUUGGCCAAGUUGGAUUUUUCUUCUUUGCAGCGGGGUUUCUUUCGAUCCCCGUGAUUGCUUAUCCGACCAGAACUUGUUGGAGAACUCUGUACAGGAUUAUUUCAAUCCUUCCACUUCUUUACUCAAUCUUUAUACUAAUGCCCUUUGUAGCAGAGUCUCCGAGGUGGCUACUUGUGAGGGGAAGAAGCAAAGAAGCUCUUGAUGUGUUGAGAAGAUAUGCAAGAAUUAAUGGAAAAGAGUUGCCUCUGAAUCUGAGUCUCUUAGAACCGUCUACUAAUGAGAAAAUGGCCGCGUGCAAAGGAGAAAAUAGCGCCUCACCUAUUGAGAGACUGUGGAAUACUACAUGGGCUGUGAGAAGGAUGGCAAUGGUUAUGCUGACAGGUUUCGGGAUUGGCUUCGUAUAUUAUGGUAUUCAACUCAAUGUUGAAAACCUUGACUUCAACCUCUACUUAACUGUUGCCAUAAAUGCGAUGAUGGAGAUCCCAGCUGUUUUCAUAGGCAGUGUGCUGCUGGCCUUCACAAACCGCCGCCUGCUCUUCUCGGUGUCAGCUUUGACUACCGGAAUUUCUUGCCUCCUCUGCAUGAUUUUCUCAAGAACAGGAGACAAGAAUGACAGCGAGUCAUCAUCAACGAAAAGAGGAAGUUUACCUCAACUGAUGAUCGAGGCAAUCGGUUUCAUGGCUGCUUCGACUGCAUUUGAUGUGUUGUACAUCUACUGCGUGGAGCUUUUCCCUACGAAUGUGAGGAACUUCUGUGUUUCCAUGAUGAGGCAGUCAAUGAUGUUGGGGGCCUCGAUUUCUCCUCUGCUGGUUGUGUUUGGGAGAUCGAGUCCAUCUCUUUCUUUCCUCGUAUUCGGGGUGCUGGCCAUAACCAGUGGUUUUUUGAGCUUGUGGCUGCCUGAAACCAGGAAUUCUCCUCUCUACGAAACUCUGGAGCAACAAGAAGAGGAAGAAAUGUUAGAAUCUGAGUCUACAGAUAUUGGAAUGGAACUGGGCACGGAAAAGGUGCAAAUGUAAAUGUGUAUUAGGGCACCAUACUGAUACUUAUAGUUUCUGCUUAAAAACAUAAGAUCAAAGCAGCAACAACUUACUUGCUCAAAUUUGUGUACAGUUCCAAAGCUUUGCCUGACUUCUGUAGGGGAAUACCUUCAACUUCAAGACUAUGCUAUAAAGCAUACAUAAAGGCUCCUUCAUUGAUUAUUAUUUGAAUCAAAAUCUCUAAUGCUGUCAUUGUGAAUUAACAGCUGAGG